AUGGAGGAACUUUUAGAUCUUAAGUUAACUAAAUCCAUUGGAGUGUCAAAUUUUAGUAUCUCUCAAAUCGAAAGAAUCUGCAGGGUGGCCAAACACAAACCUGUUACAAACAAAGUGGAAUGUAACAAAAAUUGGUCACAGAAAGAGUUGGUUGAGGUAUGUAAGAAGCUUGGCGUUACAUUAACAGCCUACGCUCCUAAAGGAUCUACAGGAAGGCCUGAACGUCUUAAAAAAGCAGAUGAAUUGGUUGCUCUAGAAGACCUUAUCCUUAAGAAAAUAGCCAAAAAGUAUGGAAAAACUCCUGCACAGGUUUUACUUCGAAAUCUCAUCCAAAAAAGUAUUAUUGUAAUUCCAAAGAGUGUUACUCCAGAAAGAAUUCGUAGAAAUAUCCAG